UUUCCGGUUUGAGAGAGACUACCGAAAGGGCAUUCCGCGUCUCUACGGUAAGCUGGAUCGAGACGCAGGCCGCCAUCGAUUCUGCAACUCUUCCUCCCCCCUUUCCUCUUUCAUACUCCCAUCUCUCGCCGCCGCAAUCGGAACAAAAAUGGCGGCAGCUCCGGCGAUCGGAUUUCCAAUCGUGCUCGUGAUUCGGCUGAUGGGGUUCACGGCUGCGGCUCUGAUCAUUACCUGGGCGACGCAUUUCCGGGGAGGAAUGGCACUGAUUUCCGACAACAAGGAUCUCAUCUUCAAUGUCCAUCCCGUACUAAUGGUGAUUGGAUUCAUUCUUUUGAAUGGUGAAGAUUCUGCAAUGGUGCUAUAUGUUGAUUUCCAGUCUCACUUUCUCCUUCAUUCUUCCUCCAUCAAUGACUGGCAUGGGGGUGACUGCAGCUAUGUUGGCAUACAAGACGACUUCAGGAACUAAGAAUUUCAAAAAGGUGGUGCAUCUUACAAUACAGUUCCUUGCCUUAUGUUUGGCUUUAGUUGGCAUAUGGGCAGCUUUAAAAUUUCAUAAUGACAAGGGAAUUGACAACUUUUAUAGCCUGCACUCUUGGUUGGGCCUGGCAUGUCUCUUACUAUUUGGAAUUCAGUGGGGGAUUGGAUUUGUGACCUUCUGGUAUCCUGGUGGAUCAGGACACCGCAGAACAUUUUUGCUUCCAUGGCAUGUAUUUUUCGGGGCAUACAUAUAUGCCUUUGCUGUUGCUACUGCUACUACUGGCCUCUUAGAGAAGGCUACAUUUCUUCAAAGCAACAAUGUAAUAUCACGCUACUCAAAUGAGGCUUUUUUAAUUAACUCCUUAGGUAUACUGCUUGUACUUCUUGGUGGCUUUGUUAUUCUUGCGGUGAUUACUCCUGGAGCUGUCAAAGAUGAUGCAUAUAAAGGUAUGUCAAAGUAGGCAAAUAUAAGUGCUCCAUUCCAUUGGUCCUUGAUUUGUUUCUUGGAAGUUGUAUUGGUACAUUGUGACACAAACUUGUUCUUUUAAAGAUGAUAGAUGCAGAUUUUUCUUUAUCUAGUAAUCUAUAUUUUUUUUGAUAUGAUGGUGCUAACAAGUACUUCAAUCUCUAGACAAUUAGAUGAGAUUUCUGUGGGAAAUUCAUCUUAGCUUCAUCUCCACCUUGGCAUUUCUGCACCUGCUCUCCAUGUUCUCUUCGGCUGGACCCAUUGAUUAAGUUAGUGCUUUGUAUUGUAAUAUUGGUUGCCUUAGGUAUAAAAUUUAGUGACUGCAAAUUUCUUCGGUUUAUGUUCGACGAAUGGAUCAAACUUUACUGUUAUUUUACAUGCUUGGUUGUGGGUGUAAGCAUCUUUACUUUUUGUAUGGUGCUGAUUAAGUACCAAUGCCAAAUAUUCUGUGAUGACAUGGAGGGAAUUGAGAAAAUACAUGUAUAUUGGUGGUAAAAACUGUUUGAU